AACGGAAACAGACUAAGAGAAGCACAUUCCUCGUCCGUAGCUCAUGGUCGUGGAUUGGAACUGGUAAGACGUUCUCUUCCGAGCUCCUCCUCCUUAGCUGGCCUUUGAUAGGUACAUUCAUUCACUCCAUGAAAACAACACAAGCGAACGAACUAGGGUUUCUGAAAGAUACUCGUUCAAUGCCCCCCAACAUUCAUUCAAAUCCUUCGCCUUUUCUCGUUUGAUAUUCCAUUUUACAUACUCCGUUUUCUUUUCAUCUCUUACCUUACUCCUUUUUCUUUUAUUCCUUGUUUAAUGGUUCUGCGUAUAUUCCUGUCGUUUAAAGUAUUUGCGUUUCGGAAUUCUACGAUUCUUCUGAUCUCAUAAACAAUUUCCAGUUGAAGCCUCAACUUCUCUUUUACUGGGUUGGCACCGCUUACAGGCCGAUCAUUCUCCGAGAUCUGUUAUUGCUUCCAUUUCACAGAAACUUUAUGCUGCAUACGGAUUUUUCUUUGUUUUUUCAUUUGUUUCUUUAUGCAUUCUCUGCCGGUUGGAGACUUGAGAUUUUGCUUUCAUCUUAGUACUAGAAAAGGAAACGGACGUCCAAAGAUCCUAUGCUAUGCAGUUGUUGAAUUUGAAUUGAGAUAUUCUUAGGGAUCGCAUUCAGUUUUGGCUAUAUUGUUUUUCUUUCUUCUUUUUUAAAAUUUCCUUUGUAGUUACAGAGUCUUGUCGUCUGGAGUUAUUUCGCUGAUUGCUUCGAAUUUUUAUCAUUCAACGUAAGAUUUUUAGUCGGUGUUCUAGCAGGAAAGUUCCUUAUAAAUCUGAAUCCACACUACAGCUAGCGAGUAUUGGUGAUCCUAGUGGUGCUUGGCUGUUUCGAGCUUUACACAAGUAUUCUAACCGCAACUUGUGACUGAAGCGAGGAUAAGAAAUCCAAAAUAGGAUAUUUGAGUGAGGGGAAAAUUUUCAGCUUUUAUUUUGUUUUGGCUUUUUUUCUUCCGCAAAUAGGAUAUUUUUUUCAGUAGAGUUUUAUCUGGAUAUGAGGAUCCUGUCAAAGUGCCAGCUUGGCGUAUUGAUUUCUGUGUGCAUCGACCCUACGAAUACAACGACAUCGAUUCUAUACCUUUGAUCUUAUUCUUGGAGUCUUUUAGAUGGCAUUUCCAGGGUCUCUGGUUCGAAUUUACUGUCCCUGAAGGACUCUACUGUUUUUUUCUCGGAAGGUACCUAGGUGCGUGAUAUCGGUGUAGGCAGUUUUCUGAGGUUAAGUUGGUGAAUAGUUGUGUUCAAUUAUUGGGAAGAUGAGGGGAGCUGUGCUUGUAGCCGUAGCUGCUGCCAUCGGCAAUUUGUUGCAGGGGUGGGAUAAUGCAACAAUUGCAGGUUCUAUUCUGUACAUAAAGAGGGAAUUCAAAUUGGAAAGUGAACCAACCAUAGAAGGCUUAAUUGUAGCAAUGUCACUCAUUGGAGCCACAUUUAUUACAACAUUCUCUGGACCUGUAUCGGAUUGGCUUGGUCGGCGUCCAAUGAUGAUAAUCUCAUCAGUUCUCUACUUUAUCAGUAGUAUAAUAAUGUUAUGGUCUCCUAAUGUUUAUGUCCUACUCUUGGCGAGGCUUUUAGAUGGAUUUGGAAUUGGUCUGGCAGUCACUCUUGUUCCUGUUUAUAUAUCUGAAACUGCCCCACCAGAAAUAAGGGGAUUACUGAAUACCCUUCCACAGUUCACUGGUUCUGGUGGAAUGUUUUUUUCAUACUGUAUGGUUUUUGGCAUGUCGCUUAGGGAUUCACCAAGCUGGAGGUUGAUGCUUGGGGUUCUUUCUAUUCCAUCUGUAGCAUACUUUGCAUUAACGAUAUUUUUCUUGCCUGAGUCUCCACGGUGGCUUGUAAGUAAAGGAAAGAUGCUUGAAGCAAAAUGUGUUUUGCAAAGGUUACGUGGCAGGGAAGAUGUCUCAGGUGAGAUGGCCUUGCUAGUUGAAGGUCUUGGAGUUGGGGGUGAAACGUCUAUAGAAGAGUACAUUAUAGGACCAGCUGAUGAGAUCACUGACGACCAACAUCCAACAGCUGAGAAGGACCAGAUUAAGUUAUAUGGUCCUGAAGAGGGCGUUUCAUGGGUUGCCAGACCUAUCACUGGGCAGAGCACUCUUGGUAUAGUGUCUCGACAUGGGAGCAUUGAAGGCCAGCCGAAUGUGCCCCUCAUGGAUCCCCUAGUCACUCUCUUUGGCAGUGUCCAUGAGAAGCUUCCUGAUACAGGUAGUAUGCGCAGCAUGCUCUUCCCCAACUUUGGUAGCAUGUUCAGUGUGGUUGAACAGCAGGGUAAGGAACAGUGGGAUGUGGAGGGUCUCCAGAGAGAUGGUGAGGAUUACACAUGUGAUGCUGCAGGUGGUGAUUCUGAUGACAAUUUGCAGAACCCACUGCUCUCACGUCAGCCAACAGGCAUGGAGGGGAAGGACUUUGUCCCACCUAUUUCUCAUGGUAGUAUUUUAACCAUGAGAAACCAAAGUGUUCUCAUGCAGGGAGGGGAUCAAGUGAGUAGCAUGGGUAUUGGUGGUGGUUGGCAGUUGGCAUGGAAGUGGUCAGAGAGAGAAGGUAAAGAUGGAAAGAAGGAGGGAGAAUUUAAGAGGAUUUACUUGCGUGAGGAAGGUGUCCCUGGAUCCCGACGUGGGUCUCUUGUUUCACUUUCUGGUGGUGAUAUCCCUGCAACAGGCGAAUUCGUCCAGGCUUCUGCUUUAGUUAGCCAGUCUGCUCUUUACUCGAAGGAUCUUAAGAAGCAGCAUCCAGUUGGACCAGCAAUGGUUCACCCAUCUGAAACUGCUGCACAAGGGCCAAGGUGGGCUGAUCUUUUAGAGCCGGGAGUCAAGCAUGCAUUGUUUGUUGGGGUUGGGCUUCAGAUACUUCAGCAGUUUGCUGGAAUAAAUGGCGUUCUUUACUACACCCCUCAGAUUCUUGAACAGGCAGGAGUAGAGGUGCUUCUUGCAAACAUGGGCAUUGGUUCAGAUUCUGCCUCUUUCUUAAUUAGUGCACUUACUACCCUCUUGAUGCUUCCUUGUAUUGCUGUUGCAAUGAGGCUCAUGGAUAUUGCUGGGAGAAGGUCGCUGCUGCUUUCAACAAUCCCUAUCCUGAUAGUCUCUCUAGUGGUUCUAGUCAUUAGCAAUGCUUUGACUAUGAGUUCUGUAGUUCAUGCUGUACUCUCAACUGCUAGUGUAUUGGUAUACUUCUGCUGCUUUGUCAUGGGUUUUGGGCCAAUUCCCAAUAUCCUCUGUUCAGAGAUCUUUCCUACACGGGUUCGUGGUCUGUGUAUUGCCAUCUGUGCCCUUGUAUUCUGGACUGGGGACAUUAUUGUCACCUACUCACUCCCUAUGAUGCUUAAUUCCAUUGGUCUCUCUGGUGUCUUUGGAAUCUAUUCUGCUGUAUGCUGCAUUGCAUUGGUGUUUGUCUUCUUAAAGGUUCCUGAAACAAAGGGUAUGCCUCUGGAAGUCAUUACAGAAUUCUUUGCAGUUGGUGCAAAGCAGGCAACUGCCAUGAAUGACUGAUUUGCUCAUGAAGAGAGAGGGAUUUUCAACCAUUGUUAAUUUUUUUAGGAAAUUGUGAGUUGCAAGCCGACUUUGGCUAUGAUGAACCGAUGGUGUUUUGAGUUGAAGAAAAUAGCAGGGUUGGUUUUGGUGGUGAUUCCAUGAAAGAGGAUGGUGAGCAUCAAAGGCAGAAAGUUAUGAGAUGAGGACUUUAGUGGAUUGAGAGAGGGUUUUCUUUUCUUUUCUUUUCUUUCACCGGCUUCACAUUUUUGCCCUUUUAUUAUCUUUGUUUAAAAUUUGAUUUGUCUUCAUUUAAAAUUUUACUGGGUGAGUUUUCCCUUGUUUAAAAUUUGAUUUGUUUUCAUUCAAAAUUUUACCCAGCGAGUUUUCCUUGACUUAUUGGUAUGAAUUAUAUUUUUAAGAUAAAUACAAAUGCGCAAUUGAAGAACGGCAGACACUGGCCGUUUUAUCUUC